UACGAAGAGGUGCAUGGAGUUGGCUUCGCAUUGCCAUUAAUUAAUUGUCUCUUUUAGAUGUGAAUACAGGCUUGCUCAACAUUAUGGAUUUGAAAACUGAUAUAGAUUGUCUAAUAGAGUGUUUGCGGUAUCAUCCUGAUGAUGCAAGAAAGGCACGUGAUACCAUUCUCACUAUUGCUUCACUUUGUUCUGGCUCAGAUGAAGCACAAAAUCUCUUGAGAACUUCCGGAGGAUUAAGUUUUCUUGUUAAUGUCCUGAGCACAGCCCAAGAUGAAAGUUUGUGUAUGGCUACUCUGUAUGCUUUGGGGUGUGCUACAGAGAGGAAUGUGUUUUCACAGAGUAGGCUUUGUACAGACGCCAUGUUCCAGUUUCUCUAUUCUCAGCUGACCAAUGAACAGUUCGGUGUGCAGAUGAAACGAACUACUACCUUUCUUAUCAUGUGCCUUGUUACCAACAAUCGUAAGGGACAAACACUGGUUAGAAAAACUAGGUGCUUGGAUUCCAUGCUUCAGUUGUUCAGAAAUUUUCCGGGACUUAACGUUCCAUACAAUAAGGACGUUCGGUGUUUUGAUGAAGAUGAUGAAAAACUUUCUUUUGAAUUAUGGAAAGAUGUGACAGGAACUUUGUGUGGCUGUGUGAACAAUCCCCAAAAUGAUGAAAACCAGUUAGUAUGUGCAUCUAGUGUUCCAGCUGCCCUCUACAUCAUGUCUCACAGUCAGGACUCCCAUGUCAUACAGCUUUUGUGCUCCUAUAUCUCCCUCCUAGCAGCUAAUAAUGUGGUGAAUCAAGAUCGCUUUCAUAUGCUUGGUGGGCUAGAGGUAAUUGUAUCCAAAUUGCCUUCCAUUAUUGAUGACAUCAUCAUGGAACCUGAGAAGGGAUUGAUCUUAUCUGCCUCCAACAUGAUCAGCAUGCUAAGUUCACUCAUUGCAGAUAAUGAUAAUAAUGUGCAGGCUUUAGCUUCUCUGAAAGUUGUACCUCUUCUCUUGAGAAUUUUAGCCCUAGAUGUGAUCUCUCUAGGUGUCAAGUUGAAGGUUAUUAUCACAAUUGGCUGUUUAGUUUCUGCAAGUGAGGGAAGCAAGAAGCAAGUUAUUGAAUGUGAUGGUCUGAAAUUACUUCUUAGCUGCAUGAUGGCCAAUCAAGAUGAAGAGUGUGCUAAAGCUGCAACAUUAGUCCUCCAUUCUUGCAUUAAUUCUGAAGGGAAGGAACUAAAAGACAUGACAGAAGAUUGCUUGUCUGAAAAUGAAGAUCAGGUAGCCAAGGAACCAAUCAGCAAAGGAAAACUUCAAAAUCUUGCAGCUAGAAUUGACAUUCUUCAGAAAGCAUUACAAGAGGAGAGAAGACUGAGGAAGCAUUUAGAAGAUGAAAAGGUAAACCUUCAGGUCAACAAGGAAGGAAGCUGUGCUGAUAAGAGCAGAGAUGAAGAUGAAAUUAGUAUGCAUUCUCAUGAUCUUCCACUCCAACCUCAUCCUAAUUCUCCAGUUUCCGUUUCAGACAAAGUACAUGAUGGAAAGCAACAGAGUUUUGUUCAACUACAAGAAAGGAUGGAUGCUCUUGAACGAAAACUUUGUAACAUAGCCAGUAAUGGGCAUGUUACAAAUGUGAAUAAUGAUUCUGCUAGCAGCGAAACAUCUGAUUCAGAAUCGAUAGUUCAUCGUUCAGUCUCUGAGGCAGAAAAUGAGGAAUCUCAACGACCAAUCAAAAAACCUAAAAACCGUAAAGUAUUGUCUAAAAAGACAACUCCUGUUCAUAUUGCUAAACAAAGCACUGUGAAGAAAACUUCUUGUCAGCAGCAGGUCACAACAGAUAUGAACGUAGCUGAAGAAUUACCUCAAUUCAAGAUACCGCCUCCUGUCAAAAGAUGUAGGCCACUUGAGCUUGUUAAUAGUAGUGUGUCUUCUAAGAAAUUAAAGUCUGCUUUUCCAGGUAGGAAGCCACUUUCACAACAUAUUAAUUAUCAGAACAGAGGUGAGGUAACUCCCACAACGAAGGAUCAGAAGAUUGAUGUCAAUUGCCUCACAGUAUGUCAGGAAUCCUCUAGCCCAUGUGUAUUUUCUCGGAAUAGCUCUGGUAAAACAUCAAGGAAAAGGAGAUCAGACAGCAGCAGUGUAUAUAGGACACUGACAUAUGGCAGUGGAGAUGUUAAUGGAUUGUCAGUUCAGCUUGUAGACAAGAAGAUGAAUAAAGACAAUGACUCUGAUGCCAAAAGCGAUUACAGUGAUGCCUCUGCGGUAUCUACCAUUGCUGAUAGUGUCUUCAGUUCCUUAACUUUUCACCUUUCUUGUCCUAUCAGACCAGUCAAUCAAAACCCCUCUCGACCACUCAGACAUGGUCCUUUUCAAGCAGUUCACCCUAGCCCAAAUGAAGUCAAGUUGUUGAGAUCACCAAGGCAUAUGCUAGUGCCUCAGGGGAAACCUAGAAAGGACAUUUCUAACCAAUAUAGUAAAGAUCAUGUCACCGAUGCAAAGUCAAACAUCAAUGUGUUUGAUUUUGAAGAGGAUGUGAAAGCUGGCAAGAAGGAAUCCUCACAUGGAGCUUCAUGCCAUGAUGCUAUCUAUAAAGCUAACCACAAGGGUUAUGAGAUGUCUACUUCCACUAAUGCUGAUCAGUUUCCUCAAGAAAAUUUGAGCCACAUUUCCUUAGCCAAACUGAAUGCGACUCCAAAAGUCAUGCUGAAGAAGCCUAAUUUGAAAGGGAAGAACAUGAACAUGUAUACCUAUGGUGGAAAAUACAACACUAAAGACUUGGCUCUGAGCAACAAUGAUAACAAUCAUGAAGGCAACCAAUGCUAUGAAGACAACCUGCGACCAUUUCCAUCAAGUCACCACAAUGGGUAUGGAUCACAGAAAGAAUCUGCCAAGUUACAUAUUGGAAGAGGAAGUGGAAACAAGGCUAAGUCCUAUUCUGUGCACUAUGUCAGAGGCAAAAUCCAGUGCAGUCGUCUGUAUAGAGGCAAAUUGAGUAGAGCCGGUAUAACACCCGAUGUGUGUUCCUCAACUUUGCUAAAAUGCCCAGGUUGUGCUCCUCCCAGACACUACCCUCUCCUUGACAGUCGCACAUUGCUUCACACUCUUAUGGCAUCAAGACGUGAUCUCUGUAUCAUGCAUAACAGGUUGGUUGCAUCCAUAACAUCCUAUAUCACAAACAAGGUGAAUCGUCUUCGUCGAUAAUCUAAUUUUCUGUUCUGCUCAAACACCUUUCUCAUUGCAUGUGCAGAAGGGUUAGAAAGAAGAAUAUCAUCUCUCACAAAAUAAACCUGUUUGAUUUUAUUUAUGUUAAUUUUACAUUCUUGUUGCAUUCAUAAUGAUGUUCAUUUAAAUAAAGAUACAACACGAACAACCGAUAUAGAAGCCAUUUUUUCAUGGUUAACUGCAUUUGGCAAGUUAAAAGUAAAUGAGUACUGUACUUAGAAGGCAAAGAUUUGUGGUUAUUUGUCUUGGAAAGUAAAAAUGGCUUCAUGAUUUUUUUUUGGGUCUCAAAAAGGAAAUAUUUCAAGUGGAAAUAUUUAAAAGAAUCAUCUGUAAAAAAAUAAGUGUAAAUAAUAUAUGUAUACUGUAACAUAAUUUUCUUUUAAGUCUUGUUAAAUGUCAAGAAUAUAUAAUCUACUUUAUGAUGAGAAUAAACAGAAAUGAUUCAGUGAUUUAGAUGGUUGUUGGUGUUAUAUAUGUGAAUCUUCAAUAUGUUUGGAUAAUUUUCAAUAAAAUGG